AUGUUAUUUUCCACAUUAACAUAUUUGCUCUUUGCACUAGUUUACUACAUAGUUUCAUGUGCAUCACUGUUUAACGUAAAGACAGCAUGCGCAUAUUUAAGCAAAAUUAGGCAUUACAAAGCUACUGCGUCACUAAACCGUAGGAAUGUACCAGCAUAUUCAUCAUCGUGGCUACCUACUAUAAGUUGUCAUUUAGGAUCAGUAUUUCCUAGUCGUUAUGAACAUGGAGUGUCUGCGACUCACGAAAGUCAAAGGCAAAGCUUGGAGCUCACGAAAUCCGAGCGAAAAUUAUCGUAUAGGCCCAUAUUUGAGAAAAGCGUAUCUACGCAUUUUGGUUGUUCGAAAGAGAGAGCACCGUUGUUGGAUGUUAGUGACCUGACACUAUGUAUUGGCGAUUGCGUUUUGUUCGACAAUGUGAGAUUCCGCAUAAGUCAAGGGGAAUGCGUAGGUAUUGUGGGGAACAAUGGCACUGGGAAAAGCAGUUUGUUGGACGCUCUUUACGAAAAAAUAACCGGAUGUAACACAACAUCUGAAGCUGUUUCUUCAUCUGUGGGUGUAAAAAUCACGUCUAAGGAACAGAUCCAUUUUGCGUCGGAUCAUUUACAAGUUUAUCAAUUGCUAUACUUCUUGCGUAUUAGAAAGCACAACUUAGACGAUUUGUCACAUCUGCGAAUAGACGAGUUGCUGAAAUCUGAUGACUAUAUGGAAUUUUUAGAUGGUCAAAACAUAUUCACCUCAAACGCAUAUUUCAACAAUUUUGUGGCAUACGUGCAGCAGAAUUAUGUUACUAAUCUUGACGACUCCAUGUUAGUUAAAGAUGUGAUUGCUAAUUCAAACACCAUACACAAGACACUCCUGGCAAUAUUUCGAGAUAUUGAAAAAAAUCUAAGCAGUUUAAGCGAUAUUGCGGGGCGCAUGGAUAUAGGUAGCGCUGCAGCUUUGCAAGGAAGCAGACAGGGGAAUGGUGAAUUGAACAUCGAAUGGGCCAGGAGAAUAUUAACUGUGUAUAACAAUGAUAAUAUGGCUUUUCAAAAAAAAAGCGGGGAUGUGAAUGUUGUGGCAUCACACCUCAUAGACAUGUUUGGCAUGCGUGAGGUGCUCUCUUUGAGAGUAGGUGAACUAAGCGGAGGUUUCAAGAUGCGCCUCGCACUAUUGACACGGCUGAUCCAUGACCCUCAAUUGCUGCUUUUAGACGAGCCUACCAAUAAUCUGGAUAUUGCAUCUGUAACCUUCCUGUCCAAAGUUCUUCGACACCUUAUCGAAACAAGGGGCCUUUCAGUGAUAAUAGUUAGCCAUAACGCAUCAUUUCUGCGUAGUUUGUGCACAUCAAUUCUUCAGGUACCUGGUGAUGGUACUCUGAAGGUGCAUGAAUGCGACUUUGACAGAUUUCUGCACAGGGGUUCCAAAAACCUUCAAAGUAGGAUGUCGCGUUUGAACAAGCUCCAAUCUGAUUGCAAAAAAUUAAAGCAACAAUAUAAUGCGAAACUCGAAUGCAACAAAGGAUCAAAGAAUCAGAAAAAGGUUUGGUUAUCGCAGAAACGGCGUUUGAUAGAUGACACCGAGGAGUUGCUGCGUAAGGUUACGGGUGCUGAGAAAAGCACGUAUAGCGAUGCAUACGAACGAUCAUUGCUUUUGCAUGAUUCCCAUUUUGAUGCGGCUGAUUUGUUACGUCUUCCAUUGGUCAAGCGCGGUACAUUCGUAUAUCCGGACAAGCCAGCAUUCAGCCUACAGGAUGCCACUUUACGGAGUGGAAGUGAGGCGCUGCUUUGCAACAUAUCGCUCCAAGUUCACAACUGCGACCGAGUCUUAAUUUUAGGUAAUAAUGGGUCGGGCAAGUCAACGUUACUGACGGUUCUCAACGCCGCUGCAAACGCUGCUACUAUGGGCAUUCCAAAUGUAAAUGAAUUGCUGAAUCGUCGAUCAUACGUCCACGUUGCAGACGGUAGAUGUGAAGCCAAAGAAAACACAAGCGUAAACUAUCUCUCACAAAAUUGUAGCGAUAUUCUGACGGCAGCGUCAACCGUGGGCACAUUGGCUAUGAAUUAUGGAGAUAUGGACAUGUCUAACAGACAGCAAUUGACAGAGUACAUGUCACAUUUCUACCUUAAGGAUCUAAUGGAUAUUAGAGUGCGGGACCUGUCAUUCGGGGAACGAUGCCGCCUAGCUUUAGCUUUGCAAUUUUUGCGUGAUUCUAACUUCCUCUUAUUAGAUGAACCCAGCAACCAUUUGGAUUUGUAUAUGAAGAGAAAUUUGGUUUUGCUUUUAAACAACGUCUACACAAGAGGCGGGAUAAUAUUGGCUACGCAUGACCUACAGCUGCUUGAGCGCCUCGAACGCAUAACAACUAUAUUUUACAUUCACCAGUUUGACAAGACAUAUACGUUUAAGGGUGAUUUUAAGGACACAUACCUACGAUUCAGACGUGAAGUACCAGAUGCAUCACACACAGAGAUGGGUAACUUUCUAGAGAGCUGUACAUAUGAUUAUAAACACGAGGUGACACCCCGCAUGUUUGACUUCGACCGCUCAGCGGGGAACGACGCGGUACCGUGUCAUCCAUGCAAAAGGUUGAAAAGAGCAGUUGUUAUGCCACAGAAACGGAGUAAAACGAAGUUGAAGAACGCGAAGCGCUAUACAUAG